AUGUGUAUGUGUAUGUGUGGGUGGGUGCGGAGGUGGAGAAAUUCCCAGAUCAACUGGAUUAUACACCCACACAUACACAUACUUUCCCUCUCUCUCUCAAUCUCUCCGUCUCUCUCCGCCUCCGUCCUUGCCUUCCUUCCUUCCCUCCUAGUAUACUCUCAAGCAGGUGCAUACGGCGCACAAGCUACUGAGGCUGCUGUCAAGCAGUAUGCUGAGGUCCAGGCUCUGCUUUCCGAGCUCGUCAAUGGCAAGGAACCUGCCUUUACUGAGAGUGUUAUGAGCCGCCUGGCAUCCGCAUACGCUACAGACUUGCCUGCCGCUGUGGCAUCUGCCCAAUCUUACGCCAGCGAAGGCUACGGCGCCGUGACCGACGCAGCUAGCGAUGUCUAUGCUUCAGCUUCUUCUGUUGUCGGUGCAAUCUUCACACCUCCACCUGUUAUUGAAGACGUGUUGAGCCAAGCAAGCGCUUCGUUGGACUUGGCUGUUGAAAGCGCCUCCAUUGCUCUCUACGGGACUCCCAAGGGCGCUGCCGAGCAAGCCAGCUCAUCAGUGGCUAGCGCGUAUUCUUCUAUCCAAUCUCAAGUCAGUGAGAAGCUCUACGGAACAAAGGCAGCUCAGGAUAGCUUCGAAUCGGCUGCACGCUCUGCCCAAGCUGCCAUUAGCGAAGCCAUCUUUGGUACAUCUACCGCGAGCGAUUAUCUCGCAUCCGUGACCAGCGGUGCUGGUGAUGUAUACAGUUCAAUCUCGUCUGCUGCCAGCUCAGCAGUCUAUGGCCCAGAGCAAGGAGCAAUGGAGAGCGCCAACCGCCGAAUUGCAGACGCCGUUGCAGCUGCCAACAGCCGCAUCGCACAGAUGUAUGCAGCCGUUUCUGGAAGUGCCGAGGACGCUGCCAGCAGCAUAUCCAGCGCGGCUACACAAGCUACGAAAGCCGUAAAGGACGAGUUGUAA